CGGCCUCGACGGCGGGCCUAGGCAGCCGCGGCCGUGGGAGGCCCGUGAGGAGAAGGAGGAAGCGGCGGCGGCGGCGGCGGCGAUGAAGCUGAGCACGCAGGCCUACUGCAAGAUGGUGCUGCACGGCGCCAAGUACCCGCACUGCGCCGUCAACGGGCUGCUGGUGGCCGAGAAGCAGCCGCCUCAGCCGGGCCAGCGGGGCCGGGAGCGGGAGAGGGAGCCGCCGCCGCCGCCGCCCCCCCAGACGCUGCUGGUGGACUGCAUCCCGCUCUUCCACGGGAGCCUGGCCCUGGCGCCCAUGCUGGAGGUGGCGCUCAGCCUGAUUGAUUCUUGGUGCCGAGAGAACAGCUACGUAAUAGCUGGCUACUACCAAGCAAAUGAACGUGUGAAAGAUGCCAGUCCAAACCUGCUUGCCGAAAAAGUUGCCUCCAGGAUUGCAGAAAACUUCAGUGAUACAGCCCUCAUAAUGGUGGAUAACACUAGAUUUACAAUGAAGUGCCUAAAGCCAGCAGUUCAUGUGUAUGAACACCACGAAAAUAAAUGGAGAUGCAGAGACCCACACAGUGAUUAUUGCGAAGAUUGGAUAGAAGCCCAAAGGAUCUCCGAAUCCCUUUUGGACAGCCGGUCCUAUGAAACCCUGGUGGAUUUCGAUAACCAUUUAGAUGACAUUCGGAAUGACUGGACAAACCCAGAGAUUAACAAGGCGGUUUUGCAUCUCUGCUAAGAAGAUUCCCACCGACUUGACCUGCUGGGGAUUUUCACUGUGCCGAAGAAAGCAAAAAAAGAGCAUUAAUUUUCAGAUGUAAAUAGAGAGAAGUAACGGUUCCUUCAGGUGAGUGAGGCCCAUCCCUUAGAAAAGGACGUGUUGCCAUGCAGUCAAGCCUUUUUAAUGAGAACCUUUGGGACAUCCACCAGAUUUGGAAGCCUUUUUCUGUCCCAUCGUCCUUUUGUCCUUCUGCUGAUGCGUUCUUGUUACUCUCCAACUAGAGUCUAGUAGUUCCAAAUCGUUCGUAUUAAAAAGUUCUGAUUUAACUUUUCAUAUCCUUGAGAGAUAAAUUUUCUAAAAAAAAAAAAAGAUUUAUGAAAUAUUUCAGAGAGCUAACAGCUAGUUUUAUUUUUAAAGAAGCUGCAUCUAAAUAAACAAUUGAACUUUACAUGGUCAGGUCAGUUUUGGAAGCUCUUAUUCCAAGGGCUGAUUUCUGGACAUGGUUGCAGUUGACGAAUAUAUCAUGCAGGGAGAAAACAACUUGAGGCAACUCCCCAGGGGCUGCCAAGUUUCUUUACUUAUUCUGGGAAUGUUGCAAUUUUUCUGACUCUCCAGCUCGAGUGUUAAAAGAGUCUGUUUGGCUUCCCUUUGAACAAAACAGAAUUCGCCUUCCUUGAAUUCAGUAUGAAUGGAAUAGACCAAACAGCCAAGAGAAUUAUAAAUACAUGUUUUUGUUCACAAAAAGCAAACUCUAUUCUCUUUCUUCUUGCAUCUGGGGGAAAGAAAUGUAAUUUCUUUGAUGUUUAAUUGCACAAACAGAGGAAGAGAAGUUAACAGCCAUGGAUUUCAAUUCCUGAACCAAUUCUGAUGGAGGUAGCCUCUAACCCAGUACACCCCCUUUGCGUUGCCCCUUCAGGGCAGCUGUGAGUCGUGCUUUUCCAACAGACUCCUCUGAUAUGCCAAUUCUGUUCUGGGCCUCCCAAGUUCUGAAUAGUUAUUCAGGUUUUUCCAAGUCCGGAAAGAAUCACCCGCUGCGAUUGAGUGCAAACUUUUAAUCUUUGCACACUAAGGGGAGAAGAAUGUGCAGCCCCCCCUUUAAAAUCAGCGCACUCCAAAUCUUUUGCUCUGGAAAACCUCCCCAUCCAACCCCUUCCGUCGAGGUGCUGGUCCCUUCCCUUCCAUAGCAUGCACACACAUUGCUGGACACAUCUCCUGUCGCCCGUCUAGUGAAAGUCAGUGUUGAAGAGCACAACGGUUGAUCUUCCAGCGCUGGCCUUCCUGUUCAUUUUCAUGCUUUUUCCUUGCAAGCAAAUGUUACGGCAUGUUAGCAGUUGGGUUUCCUGUUGAGCUGUUUGGAUCCGGCUUGUAAUAUAAUGGUUUUGUGGUGUAAAAUGUAAAAGAGUCUUUAAAACAAUAUAAACCUGUGAUACCUUGGGAUUUUUUUCUUCUUCUUCUUCUUUUUUUUUAAAGGACAACUUUUAGCACGGAUCGGUGCAUCUUCCUUGUGUUGUUUUUACAUGUCUGAUUUGUUUGUUUGUUUGUUUGUUUCUCCCCACCCCACCCCCGACUGAUCCCUGUAUUAAUGCAACCUUUUAUUUAUGGCAUAUUCAAUAUCUCAAAAAGUAAUCGGGCUUUUAUGUUGCUUUCUUUCCUUCACUUCCUUGAAAAUAAAGCUGAUGAAACAAG